AUGAGCGAUGACAACAUAAGACAAGUUAAAUCAAAUAAUGGUAAAGGAUUGGGAAGACACCAACUAGAGUUUACAAGAGUUGUACCUAAAUUCCUCGCGAAGUUGAAAUCAACAAACUCUGAUGCACGUGAAGUAGAGUUGGGUGACAAGUUCAAACAGUAUAUUGGAACAGACGACGACGACAACAAUGACAAUGUAGAAGACGCUCAAGAAAAGGAGGCUAUUGCAAUGGCCAUGAAAGAUAUGGAAACGUUGGAGAAGGAUGUCAAAGAAAAAAAGGAUAUCCAAGAACAACAGAAACAACAAGAAUAUGAAGCACAACGACUUAAAAGAAUAGAACAAGAUCAAUUGGAAGAAGAAAAGGCAAAAGAACAAGGUGUUCAAAGAAAGUUAGUCUUUCAAAAACCUCUCAAGAAACCUUCUGCCACUGCCUCAUCAUCAACACUCAAAGAUACAAUGUCAACGAUAAAGAAAACAAACACAAAACCAAAAGAACAAUUACAAAAGAAAUCUGCUCCAAAAAGACUAUCAUUUAAUGAUGAUGAAGAAUAA